AUGGCAGGAACGGCGUCCAUUCUCUGCCUGAUCCUUGUCACUCUUUUCAUUCCUCCUCUCGGUGUCUUUAUGAUCUCCGGCUGCAGCGUGGAUUUCCUCAUCAAUAUCCUGCUCACGAUCCUCGGAUACUUUCCGGGCCAUAUCCAUGCUUUCUACCUAGAAUAUGUAUACUAUCACAACCGCAAGGGAGACCCCAUGGCCCGACGCCAUGCUCCCGGAGUGUAUUCCGAUCGUAUACAGGGAGGACCUCCCGGACGAUCGUACGGAAGCACUCUCUGA